GACAAGAGAACGGUUGUGGUAAAGAAAGCGAGAGCUCCCAGCAACUUGAAUCUCUGCUUAUUCAGUAACUGGGACACUCUUAGCUCUUUUGAGCUUAUCUUUAAGCACUGGGCAUAGAGAGUUGGCUUGAACUUUGGUCAAGUACCCCAUAAGUCCAGAGCAACGAAAGUUUCACCCUGUGGCUUAAAAGAACUCCAAAGGGAAGAGGAUCCUAGAGAAGAGAGAAGGAAGGUCAGGAGCAGACAUGGUGGGCCACCAGGAGUGCACCAUGGAAGAGGACACCAGGGACAACUGCCCUCCCAAACUUUGCCGCAAGACCCUGACUGCACCUGCCCCAUUUGCAGAUGAAACCAGCUGCCAAUGCCAAGCACCCCAUGAAAAACUGACCAUUGCUCAGGCCCGCUUAGGAACACCAGUUGACAGGCCUGUCAGAGUCUAUGCAGAUGGAAUAUUUGACCUCUUCCACUCAGGUCAUGCAAGGGCACUUAUGCAAGCAAAAACACUGUUUCCCAACAGCUACUUGUUGGUAGGAGUUUGCAGUGAUGAUCUCACCCACAAAUUCAAAGGAUUCACUGUGAUGAACGAAGCCGAGAGAUACGAAGCUCUCAGACACUGUCGCUACGUGGAUGAAGUCAUCAGAGAUGCUCCGUGGACACUCACGCCAGAGUUUCUGGAAAAACAUAAGAUUGACUUUGUGGCUCAUGAUGACAUCCCGUAUUCGUCUGCCGGCUCUGAUGAUGUUUACAAGCAUAUAAAGGAAGCAGGGAUGUUUGUUCCAACGCAGAGAACAGAAGGCAUCUCAACAUCAGACAUCAUCACCAGAAUUGUCCGUGACUAUGAUGUUUAUGCCCGGCGCAACCUCCAAAGAGGGUACACAGCCAAGGAACUGAAUGUCAGCUUUAUAAAUGAAAAGAAGUACCGUUUCCAGAACCAAGUGGACAGAAUGAAGGAAAAGGUCAAGAAUGUGGAAGAAAGAUCAAAGGAAUUUGUUAACAGAGUGGAAGAAAAGAGUCAUGAUCUCAUUCAAAAGUGGGAAGAGAAGUCGCGGGAAUUCAUUGGCAAUUUCCUUGAACUGUUUGGGCCCGAUGGAGCAUGGAAGCAGAUGUUCCAGGAGAGGAGCAGCCGGAUGCUCCAAGCCUUAUCUCCGAAGCAGAGCCCCGUGAGCAGCCCGACCAGGAGCCGGUCCCCUUCCCGCUCUCCAUCGCCCACCUUCUCCUGGCUUCCAGUCAAAACCUCACCCCCCUCCUCGCCGAAAGCGGCCUCAGCUUCCAUCAGCAGCAUGAGCGAGGGGGACGAGGAUGAGAAAUAAAUGCUGCUGGCCUACAAGGCCGCACCACACAGGAUGGGAGGAGGGCGGGGCGCACAUGGCAUGCCUGGGUGGUGGGCGAAGGGUAACAGUCACAGGAGCUGUGGCUCAGCAGGGAGACCCUGAACUCUGCUAACGGAGGGUCUUGGGACCAGUUCUCCUAACUCUCCACACAGCCCAAGACUAGGGCUCAGCAUGGAGGUUUCCAGUUAUAAGCUACACAAACCUUCUUAGCAUCAUCUAGAAUCAUUCUACUUUAACUUUGCUAAGGAAAGACGCAGAGUGCCCCAGGGGGACUUGCACUGAGUGGGGUGGCUUCUGCUUUGGUCCUUACACCCACCCCCUGCCAAGUAGACCACCUGUGGAAGCAGCUGUUCCCUCAGCCUGCUACUCCUGGCUCUCUAAGGGCCUGCACGUUGCCUCCUACCACUCCAGCUCUGUCAGAAUACAGUUGUUUCCCACAGAGGUGGCAAAGUGCUUCUGACAUAGUUGAAUUAAAGACACAUUCUGACCUUCUGAGUUCAGCUACUGAGACCUGAUGUUGCAACACAUCAGCGCUUUCCACUUCCGGGAACAGGGCUCACAGACAGAGCCUUGCUUUAGGCCCGAUACGAAGGUCAUCUAGUACGAACGCUCUUUCUUAUCUGAAGGACAGUUUUGUCAAGGAGAACUGCACAUGCAACCUCAUGUGCUCCGGUUGUACUUUCUCAUCAUUGACAUUACUUGGUUGUUUUCACGGAAUUACCUUAAUCUGUGGGAACUGCAACAAAGAAAAACAUCCUGUAUCAAAAAAAAAAAAAAAAAA